CUCCGCACCCCGCAACCCAACCACCAAGGCAAAACAAAGAAGCAAUCCCUACAAAUCUCCAAGUGUAUCUCCUCUCAUAUCCUUCUACCUGAUAUAGUGGAACCCCAUAUCUGUUUCUUCUAAUCCUCCUCCUUUUCUUUAGCUCUCUCUUUCUCUCUCUCACAACGAUGGAGGGGGCGUUGUUGGGCCAGCGGGCCGGCGUGCUGAAGCCGGAGCUCUUCAUGACGAGGAACGUCGGAUUUGUUGAAUCGAGGCGGAUGGGGUCCAGAACGGGCCGGGUCCGGUUCGAUCCGGCCACCGGGGGGUGGCGGAAAGGGGCGCUUAAGGUAGCUCUCAAAGGCGUCAGGUCCGAGAUGGCCGUCCAGGAGAAAGAAUUAAACAACAGGAGGAAAUCGACCGGUCCGGUUCGGCUAUUCGUGGGUCUACCUCUCGACGCGGUCUCCGACUGCAACGCCGUGAACCACGCCAAGGCCAUCGCGGCGGGGCUCCGGGCCCUGAAGCUCCUCGGCGCCCACGGCGUCGAGCUCCCCGUGUGGUGGGGCGUCGCCGCCACCGGCGACUGGUCCGCUUACCUCGCCCUCGCCGGCAUGGUCCGCGACGCCGGCCUCCGCCUCCGCGUCUCCCUCAACCUUCACGCCUCCCGCCGCCCGGCCUUCCCUCUCCCUGACUGGGUCUCCCGCCUCGCCGACGCCAACCCCGACCUCCUCUUCACCGACCGCUCCGGCCGCCGCCACUCCGACUGUCUUUCCCUCGCCGUCGACGAGCUCCCUGUCUUCGAUGGCAAGACCCCGUUGCAAGCCUUUGAGGAGUUCUUCCUUAGUUUCCGCUCCGCCUUCUCCGAUUUCAUCGGCUCCACCAUCACGGACAUUUCCGUGAGUCUCGGGCCGAAUGGCGAGCUCCGGUACCCCUCAUUCCCUCCCUCCACGGGAAGUCAUCGGUUUACAGGCGUCGGAGAAUUCCAGUGCUACGAUAAAUACAUGCUCGCCGAUCUCAAACGGCAUGCCGAGGAGGCGAGGAACCCAUUGUGGGGCCUCUCUGGUCCCCAUGAUGCCCCGGAGUACAACCAGUCUCCGGAUUCCAGCAACUUCAUCAGGGAUAACGGGGGCUCGUGGGAGGGCUCCUAUGGAAAUUUUUUCCUCUCCUGGUACUCAGGGCAGCUUUUAUCCCAUGGUGAUCGGAUGCUCUCAACUGCAUCCAAAGUGUUUGGUGAUUUGCCGGUGACUCUGUCUGCAAAGGUGCCACUUUUGCACUGGUGGCAUGAUACCCAGUCCCGACCAGCUCAGCUGACUGCUGGAUUCUACAACACAUAUGGAAGGGAUGGGUACGAUGCCAUCGGUGAGAUGUUCGCAAGGAAUUCUUGGGCAAUGAUCAUCCCUGGAAUGGACCUAUUGGACAAGGAGCAACCUCAUGGUCUGAGAUCGAGCCCCGAGUCGCUGCUGUCUCAGAUAAUGAAGGCAUGUGAGAAGCAUGGGGUGAUGGUUUCCGGGGAGAAUUCUUCGCUUGUUGGCAUCGGUGCAGAAGGUUUUAGAAGAGUUAAGGAAACUCUAUCUGCAGAGAAUUCAAGUGUUGAUUCUUUUACAUAUCACAGAAUGGGUGCUUACUUCUUCUCGCCCGAGCAUUGGCCUCUGUUCACAGAGUUCGUAAGGAGCAUGGCGCAGUCAGAGAUUGAUUCCGACGAUUUGCCAAGCAAUGAGGAGGAGAAGUUAUCCCUGUCGGCGGAUAUGGUGCCCGAAAACAAUCGGGAGAUGCAAGCAGUGUAAGGGUACUGCUCUGAGUACUGUAAAUAUACGUAUCGAGUAGUGGGGAUAUCUAGAAUUGCUGAAAUAGGCUGAAAAUAUGAUUGGUUGAGAUAUGUAGAACAAACUUGUUAUCUGUUGCUAUUUUUUGAGGCAUCUAGAUUUAUAUUGGGUGUCUAGAUUUAAGUAUGUGAACUGCCAUUUUAUGGUGACAAUGAGAUUAAGCUUGUGAUUGUAUAAUAUUUUGGGAAGUAAUAUCUCCCAUUUAUGCUCUAAUAUUGGAUAUGUUAUUUUUGGAAAACAAGAUGCUUCCUUCUUGAAGAUGUGUAUUUAUGAUGUUUAGUUUUAUGAAAGAAAACACAUGAUAAUUUCAGUGGCUA